CAAAGAACCAUGCUGAACAGUCUUUUGAUUCAACAGAUGCAUGUAUUACAUGCGAUGCUCUGAGAAAAAGAAAUUGUUUAUAUAGAAAACCCGAACGAUGGACAUUCAGAAACAUGUAUGUUGUUUAAGAAAGUACGAAUACAGUUGGUGCACUUCAUCAAUGACUGUAACAACAUCUUCAGUUCCAAGUGUCGGUCUGUCCAUCUCAGUGAAUUAAAACUCGGCUACACAUGGAAUAAUGGUGCGCUGUAAGAACCGUCAUCUGUAUUGGGGCGUAUUGGCUGUCAAUCUUGUCAUUUUACUACGGAAUAUUCAACGCCAGAAUCCUCAAAUUGAAAAUCAUCAUGAAUCUGAAUUCGAGAAAAACAAAAGCCAGCCACUCGCCACAAUUCCGGAACUCGACUCAAUUCAGCCACUCGUGACGAGUCAGGCACCGAUGAGACCAUAUAUAAACCUUGUUUCACCCCUAAUCAAGGCAGAUCAUCAUGCGGUGUAUAAUGACGUCAUGGAAAAACGCAGACGACAUUGGGGAGGUCCUCCACCUCCUCCAAGAAACCUCACGGUUGAUUAUACAUUGAACUGUGCAGAAAUGAUUAGUGGUAACGAAACUGAGCUGAAGCGCAGUGAGACUUACUACCAAUCACUGCCCAAGAAGAUGCGCCCAGAUAGUGAUUAUUUAGGCGUUCACCAACAUUGCAAUGAAUUCCUCACAUCGAAUGGUUACUUCACAAAACCGGUAACACUGGAAGAGAAACAGUUUCCCCUGGCGUUUGGUAUCUUGAUGUACAAAGAAGUGGCGCAGACUGAGUUUCUAUUAAGGACAAUCUACAGACCACAAAAUAUAUAUUGUAUCCACAUUGACACUGAUUCAAACCUAGAGGUGAAACAAGCAAUGAAAUCUAUAGCAAAAUGCUUUCCCAAUGUGUUCAUUGCCUCAAAACUUGAAGAGAUCAUAUAUGGGGGUUUUGCCCGACUCCAAGCGGAUAUCAACUGUAUGGCUGAUUUACUGCAGACUCAAACACAGUGGAAAUAUUACAUGAAUCUUGCUAGUCAGACUUUACCCCUGAAAACCAACCUAGAGAUUGUUAAAAUAUUGAAGAUCUACAACGGGGCGAAUGACAUCGAAGGACAUACAAGGCAUGACUUUCAGACCUGGAGGUUCAACCACAGCUGGAGGGUUGUCAGUAAAAACAAGGGAGGUGAUCCAAGUUAUGAACGUGGAGAUAUUAAACCCCCUCCUCCACACAAUCUCACACUCGUCACUGGAAGUGCAUACGGGGUGUUCUCUCGUGGAUUUGUUGAAUUCAUUAACAGAGAUAAAAUUGCCUACGAUUUGCUUGAGUGGUCCAGAGAUACAUACAGCCCAGAUGAGCACUAUUGGGCAACACUGCAUCAUCUCUAUAGCAACCCUCAUCUUGACACACCAGGUGGAUAUAAAGGUGUUCCCGAUGACAAACUCUGGCUAGCAGUCUAUGCGAUUUGGAACGCAGACUGGAACAAGGACGAGGUUUGCCACGGGAUGUUUACACGCCAGAUAUGCAUUUUUGGAGUCGGUGACCUUGUGAUGUUGAUGAAAAACCCGGCAUUGUUUGCCAAUAAGUUUUACCUGGACUUUCAAUAUCACACUGCAGAAUGCCUGUUCGAACAUCUUCACAAUAGAACGUUGCACCAGACAGCGUUUGAUACACGUUUUUAUGAAAACCUUCCGUUUAUAAUAAAGAAGUAGAAGAAUAUUCAUU